AUGGACGUAUCUGAGAAAGGAGCAACUCCCGCGCCACCCGAGGUUGUCGGGCUGAUUACAUCAAGAACUUCUGGACGUGCUGAAUUUAUGCGAAUUAAAAAGAGAAAGAGUAGAGACGAGGAAGCAUCUUUGGCAAAUUCAUAUUUAUUUUUGUUAUUGAGUGAGUGUGAUGGAAAGGCGGUGAUCAAAUACACAAAAAUUGCACAAAAAACAGUGAAACUUUAUUCAGUUGAGAGUUUGUCGUUUGACAACAUGACUUUUACACAAGAUAUGAUUCGGGAGGAAGGACGGAAGUUGCUUCUAAAAAACAAUUUUAAAAAAGAAGAUUUGACAACCGAUGGAAUGAGCGAGAAGCAACAAAAACGAAGUGUUGAGGCAGAGAUGAGUAAUGGAUAUCUUGAACUUCUUAUUGGACAUAAGUUCAUUGCCGAUAUUAAACAAACAAAGUCAAGUAAAAAAACUAUAAAAAUGGUAAGAAUUUCUAAAUUGACAAGUCCUUCUGGUACCGAUUUCUCAAAAUCCUACCUCGGCAACAUUGGAAAUAAGUUUGCUGAGUUGGUCCAGAACGGUUUUCGAGGACACAAAACACUGAAUUUAGAUCGUCUUUUUGUAGAUGAGAUUCGACAAAUGAUAACUUUGGGAUUGAUAGAUGACAACUCGAAUCAAAACGAUGAGACAGAUAAGGAUGGGAAAAUGGAGGAAGACAACAAGGAGAACGAAGAGAAAGUCGAAGUCAACGAUAAAAUCGAAACAGAAGAAAAAGUAGAGACGGUCGAAAUUGAGAAAAAAGUCGACCACCCAACAGAACUAACCGAACCAAGCGUUCAACCAGAACCACGUAAUGAAAAAUCGCUCGAGAAAGAAGAGAAAGAGCCAGAGGUACUAUUACAAACACCAGAAGCAGUGACUGAAAUGGAAAAAAGUAAACCAAUGGAAACAGAAUGUAUUGGAAAUGAUGAACAGCUGAAUCAACCAGAUCUUGUGGGUGAACAGAUAUUCGUAUUCAACGCAGGAAACGUGUUUAGAAAUGAAGUGGAUGACACAAAGUUCUUUGUCUCCCUCGAUGAGAUCCCAUAUCUCAAGAGCAUCAAAAAAUAA